GGAGCCUUAGUUCGACGGACUACGUCUCGGCAUACUGAAAAGGUCCAACCUUAUGGAUAGUACUGGUUUUUUCUCCUUGGUCUCCUUCUCGUGGAUGACUCCUAUCCUGUGGAAGGUUUACAAAAACAAGCUUGACAUAGGUGCUUUGUCUUUGCCACCCCAGGACAGUGCCGCAACAAACGGUAAAAGGUUGCAGAGGCUUUGGGAAGAGGAGGUUGCCAGAGAAGGUUUUCAGAAGGCUUCUUUGGAACGAGUGAUCUUUCAUUUUAUGAAAACAAGGCUGAUUUUUGCCCUCUUGAUUUGCAUCCUGUACACAGUCAUAUUUUUCCUGGGAAAGGCAGUUCUGGUCUAUGCCCUUCUGAGCCAUGUGGAAAAUCCUGAAGCAUCCACGCUUAAUUAUGGAAUCUUCCUCUGCUUAGCCAUGUUUACAUCAGAAAUUUGCCAAUCCUUUUUAUUUAAUCUAUUAUGGGGAAUACAUUUUCGAACAGCUGUCAGAAUCAAGGGUGGAUUAUCUUCAAUUGCCUUCGAGAAGAUCAUGUCUCUCAGCAGUGACAGGGUCCUCAACGUCCUCUCUGUGGGAAAGGUGAUCAAUACAGCCACAGAUGACACAAGUCAGAUGUUUGCUUCCGUCAUUAGUUUUCCUUACAUCCUCCUUCAGCCUGUCCUGAUGAUCUUGUGCAUUAUAUACAUCUACUGCAUUCUGGGAUAUGCCAGCCUCUCCACCAUUCUUGUGUAUCUUGUUUAUGCAUUUAUACAGUUUGCAGUGACGAAAUGGGUCAUCGUAUUGAGAAAGAAACUCAAGGCUGUUGCUGACAGUCGCAUUUGCAGAAUAAAUGAGGUUCUUGCCAGCAUCAAGUUCAUCAAAAUGUACACAUGGGAACUGCCAUUUGAGAGGAAAAUCAGAGGAAUCCUGACAUCCCUCCUUCCUACUGUUGCUACUGUUAUCACCCUCAUCACCCACACGUCUUUGAAGCUUCCUUUAAGCACCUCGUCCGCCUUUACGGUCAGCACCAUGUUGAAUUGCAUUGUGAAGGUUGGUGCCCGCUUUGAUGCUGGAAUCAAGCAGCUGGCUGAAGCAAAAGCGUCCUUAUCCCGGUUAAAGACCGUCCUCAUCAUUGAAAAUACGGAAACUUAUCUCAAAAUGCUCCCAGAGUCCCCCCAUGCUCUGGUUUUGAAAGAGGCCUAUUUUUCGUGGGACAAGCCUAAAAACAGCCAACGGAUCAACAAACUGAAGCAUCGGACGAUAAACCAACAGAACCAGACUGGAAAUCCCACCCCUGAUGACACUGACCUAAAACUGGGCCUGAGGAACAUCAGCUUCACGCUGCCCAUGGGAAGCAUGCUUGGAAUUUGUGGAAAAACAGGAAGUGGAAAAACUUUGUUAUUAUCAAGCAUUUUGAAACAAAUGCACCUGCUGAGUGGAUCUGUGUCAGCUAAUGGAACAUUUGCUUAUGUAUCCCAGCAAGCAUGGAUCUUCAGUGGAACUGUGAGGGAUAACAUUCUCAUGAAAGAGGAGUUUGACCAAACCAGGUAUGACAAAGCCAUUUUGGUCUGCAGUCUUCAGCCUGACUUGGACAUUUUACCAGAUGGUGAUAUGACAGAGAUUGGGGAAAGAGGUGCAAAUCUCUCUGGUGGGCAGAAACAGAGGAUCAGCCUGGCCCGGGCCGUGUACUCCAACAAAGACAUCUUCCUCCUAGACGACCCUCUUUCAGCCGUUGAUGCCCAUGUUGGGAAACAUAUCUUUGAGGAGUGCAUCAAGAAGGAGCUGAGGGGGAAGUCUGUUGUUCUGGUCAGUCAUCAACUCCAGUUCCUUGAAUCCUGUGAUGAAGUUAUGUUACUCGAAAGUGGGGAAAUCCAAGGAAUGGGAACCCAUACAUCUUUAGUGGAAUCCAACAGCCAAUACGCAGACCUUUUUAAUAACUACAAGCUGGAGCUGUCACGCGCUAAAAAUGAAAAGGACAACAAAUCACAAAUAAAAGCAAAUGAACUGAAAAUACAAGGCUCUAAUACGCAAAGAGCCAAAGGAAUAAUCAAUCCAGCAUUCACAAUGUCGGAUGAGAUACACUCACAAGAUGGAAAAGACCAAGUGACAUAUACACAUGACAACAUAGAAUCAAAGGAGCAUCGGGUUAAACAAGAGCACAUCAAGGAAGGCUCAAUACCUUGGAGAACCUACCACCAGUACUGCAGGGCUGCUGGAGGGUACCUGUGGGCAUUCAUGAUUGCACUGAUGUUCAUUCUGAAUGUUGGAACGAGACAUUUCUGCAGUUGGUGGCUGGGUCAUUGGCUCAAUCAAGGAAGUGGGCAGGGAAACUGCUCAAACCACACGGCGGAUGGGAAUAUUUCAGAGAAUCCAGAUCUUCACUUCUACCAGCUGAUGUAUGGCAUGGCCAUGUUGGUAAUGAUUGUGGUCGGUGUCAUCAAUGGGUAUGCUUUCACCAAAUUCACUCUGCGUGCCUCUUCUACCAUCCAUGAAAACAUGCUUAAACAGGUCCUGCGCAGUCCGAUGAGCUUCUUUGACACCACGCCCAUCGGCAGGACCAUCAGCCGAUUUUCCAUGGACCAACAAGAAAUCGACUAUAACACGCCCUUCGUUAUGAGCGACGUCGUCCAGAGUUACACGGACACAUUCUUUCAGCUCACCUCCAUCACCCUGGUGUUUCCCUGGUUUCUCAUCGCUGUGCUCCUGCUGGCAGGCGUCUUCAGUACCAUUCUUCAUGUUUUCCUGGGAGUUGAUGGAUAUAUUGCAAGGAUGGUGAAAAGGAGCAGAUCUCCAUGGAUCUCCUUCACAGUAUCAAGUGUUCAAGGACUUGGCCUCAUCAAUGCCUACAAUAAGAAUAAACAUUUCAUUGAGAAGUUCAUGGACUUGAGUGACACGCAAUCAAAAUAUCAACUUCUCUUACGAAGCGGAAUGAGGUGGCUGUUCUUCAGGAUGGAUUUUGUCACCGCCAUCGUGUCUCUGACAGGGGCUCUGGCUAUCCUGCUGGCCCCACUCACCAUGAGUCCAGCUAUGAAAGUUGGGGCUGCUGACUUCGAAUGUGAAAAAGCAUGUGCUGUUUCGCUGUUCAUUCACAUCAGUAGAAAGGCUACAGGAAUAUACUAUGUUUGCUUCCCUCAGAAUUGUGUCUCAGAAGCUCCCAGAAAGAUCAUGGAUGUCAACAUCCAAGAUGGCUGGCCACUGUCUGGUGCCAUACAUUUCCAUGAUUUUCAGAUGCGGUACAGGGAGAACACCCCCAUCGUGCUGGAUGGACUCAACCUGAAAAUUACAUCAAAGGAAAAAAUUGGCAUCAUGGGAACAACAGGCUCUGGCAAGUCCUCUAUUAUCUUAGCUCUGUUUCGGCUUGUGGAGCCAGCUAGAGGAAGCAUCCUCAUUGACAAUGUGGACAUCAGCCUGAUUGGACUGGAAGAUCUACGCAGCAAAAUGUCAGUCAUCCCCCAAGAUCCAGUGUUAUUCAUUGGUACAGUAAGAUUUAAUCUGGAUCCAUUUAACAACUGCAGUGACGAAGAGAUCUGGCAAGCACUGGGGAGGAUUUACAUGAAAGACACAAUUUCCAAACUACCUGAGAAGCUGGACUUUGCUCUCACAGAGAACGGAGGACACUUCUCCGUGGGCGAACGUCAGUUGAUCUGCCUGGCCAGAGCCCUUCUCAGAGACACAAAGAUAAUUGUAUUGGAUGAAGCGACUGCCUCGACGGACUCUGAGACAGACGCCCGGAUUCAGUGCACGAUCCGAGAGGUGUUCCGGGACUGCACCGUGUUGAGCAUCACCCACCGUGUCAACACCGCCCUGGACUAUGACAAGAUCCUCAUCCUGGACAACGGAAAGAUUGCAGAAUUUGACAAAAUGGAGGUUUUGAUGAAACGACCUGGUUCUUUGUUCGCAUCUCUUCUGGAAGCUGCCAACACAAGACAUGAGAGGAGCUGAGUGGGGGCUGGGACUGACCAAGCAAGUCAAGUCAAUAACUCAAGUGUCACUCAUUUUACAUUUUAGUCAUUUAACAGACACUUUUAAUCCAAAGCGACUUGUAAGUGCGUAAGUUCCUCAACACUUGAAAAACAUCAAAUCCAUAAAUUGUCAUACUCUGUGUUUUUUCUGUUCAGUGUUUUCGGUUUCUUGUCCUGUGUUCGUGUGUCGUGUCCUCUCUCUCUUUCCGUAGUCCUGUCAUUCAUUUAUUAAUUCAUUUCACCUGUGUCUCAUUACCUGUUCCCCGCACUCUCACCUGUCAUUUCAGUUCAUGUCUAUGUACAGUACUGUGCAAAAGUCUUAGGCACCUGUAUAACAUUAUGUACAGAUAA